CCUCUCGGCUCCUCCUCGCCCGCCGCCCCGCUCCGAGCCCGGCGAUAUUUAACCUGGGCCGGGGCGGGGAGCGGCAGCGCCGGGCGAGGCACCGACACGGACCCGAGCGGAGCCGCGGCCCCGGCCCAGCCCCGGAGCCGCUGCCCCGGCCCCGCCAUGAGAGCCCCGGCGCUGGGUUGCGUCAGCCUGGUGCUGUGCCUGCUGGAGCCGCUCGCCUGCUCGCCCCUGCCCGCCGGCCGCUCGCCCAAGCGCAGGGACCCCCCGGACCGGAGACCCUCCCCAGCCUCACUCCUCGGGGACCCCGCAGGACUGCAGCCCCCCGCGCUGCCGCAGCCCCCCGGCAGCCCCCACCAGCGACCGCCGGGCCAGCGGCACCCCCCGAAGCUCCCCCCCCGCCCCGGUGCCCGCCUGACCCCCUGGCACAGACUCUUGGUCCCGCGGCACCCCCCGAAGCUCGCCCCCCGGCACGGUGCCUGCCAUGCGGCCCCCCGGCACGGUGCCCAUCGCCUGCCCCCCCCGCACAGCCCCCCGCACCCCCGGGGCCGCCGGCACGCGUCGGGGCGGCUGCAGCACGGGCAGCUGCUGCGGGUGGGCUGCGUCCUCGGCACUUGCCAGGUCCAGAACCUGAGCCACCGCCUCUGGCAGCUCAUGGGCCAGUCGGGGCGGCAGGACUCGUCCCCCAUGAACCCCAACAGCCCCCACAGCUACGGGUGAGGCAGUGGGGGGGGGGGGGGGGGGGGGGGCGCACCUGGCCCCGCAUCCCCCCGCCCUGCCCCGUGGGACACACCCCACCACACCCCCACCCCCACCCCCCCACUAAAGCGCUUCUAGAGUCAGAUGUGGCUGGGCUCCCUCUGCACCUUUCUGGGGGUGCUGGGUGCCCCCCCUCCCUUCCCCGGGGCACAGCACGGCUCCAGCCACGGCCCCACCAGGGGCACGGGGCCCCCAGGAGCGUCCCCAUGGAGGGGGUCCCGCGCUGUCGCCAGCCGCAGCCCCACGGAGGGAAGAGGACCGCAGGCUGGGGAGCCGGUGGCUAGCAGUGGCCCGUGGUGGCUAGCAGUGGCCCGUGGUGGCUAGCAGUGGCCCGUGGUGGCUAGCAGUGGCCCGUGGCGGCCCGGCCGGCCGGGGCUGUCGGGGCCGGGUCCAAGGGGCGGCGGGGGAUCCUGCUGACCGCAGCAGCGCCGGCGCCUUGUGCAAGAGCGCGGGGCCGAGGCCCUGGCCCCACUCCCGCCUGACUCAGCAGCUCAGCACCCUGCCACAGCACCCCCUCGUGUUCCCCCCCCCCCCCGCCCCUCCUGACCCCCCCCCCCGGGGUCCGUCCAGGGCGCCACGGCUACAGGGUGGGGGGUCCUGUAAGACCAGAGUGCGGGGACCUCUCUCCCCCAGCACCUUCCCCACGCGGGGGUCCCUUCCCAGGGCGGAGGCCGGGGUGCCGUGGGGGGUCCCAUUCUCAUCAAAGAGGAUGCUGUGUGUGUGUCCCCCCCCCCCGCUGCCCCCAGCUCUGCGGUGGGAUGGGGUCUGGGUGCUGGUGGGUGCUGGGGGAGGGCGAGUCAUCCCCGAGCAGGGGGGGCAGAGGGAACACUGGGGUCCCGUGCCCAGCUCCUGCCCUGUGCCCUGGGGCAGGCGGGGGGUGGCCCCCAGCCCCACUGGUGACGAGCUGUGCCCCCCUGGAGCACGGAGGGGGUGGGCUCAGUGGGGGCCGGGGUGUGGUGGUGGCCUGCGGUCACAAGGGGGCCCUGGGUACCCCUGUCACCCCACGCUGUGACACCCCGGGAGUGUCACCCUGGCAGAGCUGUCACCCCCUGGCCUGGCAGGGUGGGGGGGGGGGAUCUGGCCCCAGUCACCCCCGGGCCCCAUCCCAGGCUCCCCUCGGCCCUGGCACGGGGACGGGCAUUUGGGGGGGACAUGGGUCCCGCCCUCGGGGGGGGGGGGGAGCCCAGCCUGGCGGCACCUUGAUCCUUCCUGCCAGGACCCCCCUCUGCCAUCCUGGGAGCACCCGCACCCCCCCAUCAGUGCCCUUGGACACCCCCCCACCUCGAGCACCCUUGUCCCUCCUGGGAGCAACUUCAGAGCACCCCAGCCCCCCCCCCCAGGAGCACCCAGCCUGCAGCGACAGUGGGUGAGGGUGGGGGGAGCACCCUGGGGUGCUGCUCAGGCCCCUCUCUCCUCCUUCCCGGGGGUCCCGGCCCUCGCUCGAGCCGGCUGAUGGGGCAGGAGGGGGCCAGGGUGUCCCACGGCUGUCAUGGGGUGGGGGGGGCCCUGGGCCGGGGGUUGACCCCAGCACUGUCCCACGGGGUGGGGGACCCACAGGGACACAGCACAACACACGAGGACCGGAGGCCUUUGCUCCCCCCCCCCCCCCGGCCCUUGGGUGCCCCCCCAGCUGCAGAGGGGCCCCCGCUGAGCCCCAGGGGUGCCCGGGCCGGAUCCUGCCCCGGAGCGGGGCCGGGGGGGGGCACCACGGCGCGGAGCGCUCCGCUGCGCUGCUUUUCGAGUGAAAAAUCAGAUUUUGUGCAGAAUAAAGUGUGCGAGGAGGGGUCA